AUGAACUAUGGCCUGACUCCCGUGCAACGUGCUAUUCGUCGUCUGCAACUCGACAGCGUUCCCGCCACCCUCCCUUGCAGAAUGGCUGAAUUUCAAAAGGUGCGACAGACCAUCCUUACCGGGAUCAAGCAGCAACAAGGCGGCGAACUCCUCUACAUCAGUGGCCUUCCCGGAACGGGCAAGACGGCAACUGUUCAAAGCGUCCUGCGCUCACUUCAGCGCGACGUCCAGAAGCAAGUUAUUCCGCCAUUCACUUGCAUCGAGCUCAACGCUAUGCGGCUGCAGCAUCCCGACAUGGUGUUUGUGGCUCUCUAUAAGCAGCUGUUUGGCUGCAAGCCUCACAGUACCCAGCACGCGUUCGCGGAACUGGACAGAACGUUCACUGGGGAGGCACAUUCAGAGGCACGGGGGCAGUGGGACGACUUUCGCAAGAGGCGACUAAAGGCCUCCAAGACACGCAAUGACAAGCUGCCAAUCGUCCUGGUAGUAGAUGAAGUGGACUGUCUGGUGAGCGUGAAGCAACGGGUGCUAUACACUUUGUUUGACUGGCCGUUCUGUCCGGCGUCCCGGCUGGUAUUAAUUGCCAUCGCGAACACCAUCGACCUUCCGGAAAAGAUUCUGAACUCAAGAUGCGCCUCGAGGAUCGGCUUUGGACGGUUGACUUUCAACCCGUAUACCAGCGAACAAAUCGAGGGAAUCAUCGUUGAGCGGUUGCAGGACUGUAGAGACCUCUUCGCUGAUGCUGCGAUUAAGGUGUGCGCCCGGAAGAUCGCCAACUUUUAUGGAGACAUUCGUCGUGCCUUGCAGGUCCUCAGGCGAGCUUUGGAGUCGUUGCCGAGUGGCAGGAAAAUUCACCCUGCGGACAUCAACAGCGCAGCCAACGACCUAUUUGACUCGCCACUGAAAGACUCGAUAUCAUGCCUCCCCCGAGGAAUGAAGUACGACGAAGCCUCCCCCCUUGCAAGACUUGGGUUGCUGCUGUACUGCUUACUGAGGCAACAGAGGCACUUGGACUGCGGAGUGCCUCUUCGAUCGCUCGUCGCUGCUUACCAAACCCUUUUAGAUGUAGGCAAGGGGAGUCUCACGGGGGCUGACCAGCUGCCUGCAGGGGAAAACCGCCAUAUAGUGGACUUUGAAGACAUCAAGGCGAUGCUCGACAGCCUUGCCGGCAUGCGUGUGAUCGAGGUGUACCUACACCUACCCCGAAUCGAUACGCAGUCACCGGCGGCGACGGCAGACAAGAAAAACAGGCCGACUGUGCAUACCGCUGGUGGAAUUAAGGCUCUUUUAGUGGAUCCCAUUAUCGACGAGGCAGGCGGAGACACUGAAGUGGCAAUCAUUGCGCCGGUUGAUGAGUUAGUCUCGGUGUUCCUAAGAGACGAAGAUCUCGAGGGGCUGCCGCUCUAG